GCGGGCGGGCGCCGGGGUGGGGGGGAUAUUUGUCGCCGUGUGCGCCGCCGCGAUGCGGGAGCGGAGGCCGGCACCGGCGGCUCCGGCCCGCUGCAAGCUGGUGCUGGUGGGCGACGUACAGUGCGGCAAGACGGCAAUGCUGCAGGUGCUGGCCAAGGACUGCUACCCCGAGACGUACGUGCCCACCGUGUUUGAGAACUACACGGCGUGUCUGGCCAGCGAGGAGCAGCGGGUGGAGCUGAGCCUCUGGGACACCUCUGGCUCACCCUACUACGACAACGUGCGUCCCCUCUGCUACAGCGACUCGGACGCUGUCCUGCUCUGCUUUGACAUCAGCCGCCCCGAGACCCUGGACAGUGCAGCCAAGAAGUGGAAGACGGAGAUCAUGGACUAUUGCCCCAACACGCGGGUGCUGCUCAUUGGCUGCAAGACGGACCUACGGACAGACCUGAGCACCCUGAUGGAGCUCUCCCACCAGAAGCAGGCACCCAUCUCCUAUGAGCAGGGCUGUGCAGCGGCCAGGCAGCUGGGAGCAGAGAGCUACUUGGAGUGCUCGGCCUUCACCUCAGAGAAGAGCGUCCACAGCAUCUUCCGGACUGUGUCCGGCAUCUGCCUCAGCAAAAACCCCCUGCAGCCCCCCAAGAGCCCCCCCCGCAGCCUCUCCAAGAGACUCCUGCACCUGCCCAGCCGCUCUGAGCUCAUCUCCUCUGCCUUCAAGAAGGAAAAAGCAAAAAGCUGCUCUGUCAUGUGAAGGGGGGGGGGGGGGUCAGUGGGCAUAAAUGCCCCCUCCCUUGAAGCCCCCCAGCCUCCCUGAAUCCCCAGGAUAGGGUGGGGGGCUGGACAGGGCUGCAGAGCCCCCUACAAGGAGGAUGGGGUGCCUGCUGCCCUCCCAUCGCGAGCUUCCCCUGCCAGCCCCCAUGCUGGGGGGCAGCCCCUGUGGAGCUGCCAUGGGUGGGGGUCGGGGGGGGGGGGGGGGGCUCAGGGAGGGUGCUUGACAGCUGCUUCCCAGCCCCCCAACCCUGGUGAGGGCUCGUCCAUGGACUCAUCCUGUUCCCCCAGCGCUGCCCCAUCCCUCAUCUGCUGCUUGGCCCUGGGGACCCCAGUGAGGAGGGGGGGUUCUGAGGGGGGGGGGUAUGGGCUGUCUGGGGGUGGGGGGUGUGUGUGUCUCUGUUCCAUGGUCAGUGUUAUUAAAAAGCUUAUUUAUUAUCGGAAAUAUAAAACCCACCCACGUGCA